UCUCCCCUGUUUUCCUGAAAAGACCAACUCCUUUGUCCUCGCCGUGGCCAUUCCUUAAACCCAGAGCGAGCGAGCGAGCAAGAGAGAGAGAGAGAGAGAAAGGGGGAGAGGGAGCUUGGUACUGCCGUGUCCUAACUCCGAGAAGGCAGCGGGUAUCCCCCGUUGCUCUGUGCAGAGAAGCCGACCAUGGUGGCUGGGCGCAAGAAGCAGCAGGGGAGCCGCGGCGCGGCGGCCACGCCCGAGAAGGAGAGCGGCAAGGGGAAGGAGAAGGCGGCGAGGGAAGACGGCAAGGAGCGGGCGAAGGAGAAGGAGGUGACGGGAGCCAGCAAGAAGGCGGCGAAGGGCAAGGAGCCAGCGAAGGAGAAGCAGAAGCAAAAGGGGAAGCAGAAGGAGGCGAGGGAAGACGGCAAGGAGACGGCGAAAGCGAAGCAGCAGCAGCAGGAGGAGGCGGCGGCGGCCAAGAGCGCCGGCCAGCAGUUCUUCAAGAUCUUCUUCCCCAACCAGUCGGGGGAGCGAUUGAAAAUCCCUGCAUCGUUCCACCGACACCUCAAGGAGCAGCCUACCGGACUGGUUUCCCUGAAAGGUCCGAGCGGCAACACAUGGCAGGCAGUACUUACUUCGGACUCCGAAGGGUUGUGCUUUGGGCAGGGGUGGAAGGAAUUUGUUACGGAUCACUCUGUCAAGCAAGGCCAUUUCUUGGUAUUCACAUAUGAUGGACUCUCAAAAUUCUCCGUGACAGUGUUCGGUUCAUUAGGCGUCGUGGACCCACCAGCUUUGGUUGCGAAGCCUACUAAUGAUGUAGUGAUUAAGAUUGAAGAUGAUGAAGAGGUCCAGGGGGACAUGGAUGCAGGUGGCACCUCUGAUACAUCAAUUCUCCCCCCAGAGGAGGGUAAUGGAAUAACAAGAAAGAGGACUAGAGGAGUGAAUGAUCUUUUAGAAGGUGGCAAUGCAUCAAAGAGGCAUUCAAGUGUUGCAAAAAAUGCUGAGAAGAAGAGACCUGAAGCAAUCCCUCGCACUUCUAAGGAUGCAUCAACAGUUAACAACACUGAGAAAGGUACCCCAUUCAGUUUGUUAGACGAAUCUAUGGCUUUCAAUAAGACUCAGAUCAGAGAGAAGAAUAUGCCUAAGCUUGGUAAAUUCAUUGUGAGGAGGGCCAGGCAACCAGUGGUUAUAUCUCAAAGGCGUCCAGUAACUCAAGAAGAGAAGGACCUUGCUCUUAGAAGGGCUAAGGAAUUUAAAUCAAAGAAUCCUUUUGCCGUGCAAACAAUGAUGGAAUCUUAUGUCUAUGUGGGAUUUUUCAUGAACAUCACAUGCGAAUUUGUCAGAGAGUCACUUCCCCGGACAAGCAAGAAGAUGACACUCUGGGAUCCCCUAGGGAAGCCUUGGGAAGUUAACUAUGUUUACUAUAGCGACCGCUCGGUCGCCUCUUUCAGUGGUGGCUGGGGUAAAUUUGCUCUAGGAAACAAUCUGGAGAAGUUUGAUGUUUGCGUCUUCGAGCUUUUCAAGGAGGACAACAUAAAAGUGCACAUCUACAGGGUUGUCCCCGAGAUAACCCCGCUCCUCCGUGCCAGCAGUAAAGACUAGGGUUCAUUCGCGCGUUGGAGAGUGCGAUCACGUCGACUUGUGGCUAGAGAAUUAGAAGACUGGUCACUCAUUCACAUGCUGGAAAAUGCUUCUGUGCUCCUUCAAGAGGGAGAGCACUAAUAAUUCCCAAAAACAAAUAAGUGACAAUAAACAUAAGAUAUGUGCUCAUGUUUUGUCUGGAACCCUGUUGUACCUGUUAAAUAUGCCGUUGUGAACCUAUUAUAGUAAUUUGAUGUGCCUCCGUUAAUUA